AGUUCAAGGGUUAGAAAUGUUGAAGAAAGCAUAUUCUGUGCUACGUGAUUGGACCGGCGAUCCUUGCCGUCCAAGUUCAUAUUCCUGGAUCUGGAUCAGCUGUGAUUUAAAUGCUGAUCCUCCUCGUGUAACAGCUCUGAACCUGCGCAGCUUUGGUCUGGACGGCCAACUUCCAGAUUUUAGUACAAUGGAUGCCUUAACAAGAAUAGACAUGUCAAAUAAUUCGAUUUACGGAAACAUACCUGAUUUUCUGGGUACCAGCUUCCCUCAUCUGGAACAUCUAGACUUGUCGGACAACGAUCUCUGUGGACCCGUACCUAGUUCCAUCAAAUCGAGCAACAACUACAGACUACAACAGGGGAAUCCAAAUAUUGGCAAGUCAUGUUCCCCAGGCAGUAAUGGCAAGGACGCAACCGACACAGAGGUUAAGAUUAAGAUUCGCGUAAGGCGCGGGGGGAUAAUUAAGAUUGGAGUGGGAAUAGGAGCUGCCAUCAUUGGUUGUAUCAUCGUUACGGUUUUUGGAUAUUGCUUAUGCUCCCCAGGGAAGAAGAAAAAAGGAGACCAAGCCGGAGCAGAAAAUGGAGCAAACCAGGAAGAGAGACAGAACCGCAAUGCUGGAGCUGAGGAAUCACAUCAAGACAGAAUUAAUGGAACAACCUAGGAUAGGAGCACAACCUGAUAUAUAAUUGAGGGGAAAAUAUUAUUAAUGCAUGUAAUAGAACCUGCAUAUAUCAAAGAUGAUGUCAUGUCAUCGUUUCAUAUAAUUUCUGUUCUUAUGAGGAUAUGCAUCGUCCUUGAAA